GAGGGUGGGGGCGUGUCCGGCUGACGCGCGGUGCGGGGAAGCAGCUGUGUGCAGAGGCGCUUGGAGAGAGCCCAGUGCGCCCGGGGAGACCGGAGACACCGCACAGCCUCCAGCACCCGCACCCGCGCAGCGCCCAGCAUGGCUGACCCCGCCGACUGCGAGAUUGACGAGAACACCACCCGCUUCGCCAGGAAGGGGGCCCUCCGCCAGAAGAACGUGUACGAGGUGAAGGACCACAAGUUCACUGCGCGCUUCUUCAAGCAGCCCACCUUCUGCAGCCACUGCACCGACUUCAUCUGGGGUUUCGGCAAGCAGGGAUUCCAGUGUCAAGUUUGCUGCUUUGUGGUACACAAGCGCUGCCAUGAAUUUGUCACCUUCUCCUGCCCUGGUGCCGACAAAGGACCUGCAUCUGAUGAUCCACGAAGUAAACACAAGUUUAAAAUCCACACGUAUUCCAGCCCAACCUUCUGUGACCACUGUGGUUCUUUAUUAUAUGGUCUCAUUCACCAAGGGAUGAAAUGUGAAACAUGUAUGAUGAAUGUACACAAACGCUGUGUAAUGAACGUGCCAAGCCUCUGCGGAACAGACCACACCGAACGCCGAGGCCGGAUACACAUCAAAGCCGACAUUGUCCAGGAAGUGCUGACCGUUGUGGUUGGAGAAGGCAGGAAUCUGGUUCCCAUGGACCCAAAUGGACUCUCUGACCCGUACGUGAAACUGAAGCUCAUCCCGGACCCCAAAAGUGAGAGCAAGCAGAAGACCAAAACCAUCAAAUGUUCCCUGAACCCGAUCUAUAACGAGACUUUUAAAUUCAACUUGAAGGAGUCAGACAAAGAUCGCAGGUUGUCGGUGGAGAUCUGGGACUGGGACCUUACCAGCAGGAACGACUUCAUGGGGUCUUUAUCGUUCGGAAUCUCGGAGCUGCAGAAGGCCGGAGUGGAUGGGUGGUUCAAGAUGCUGAGCCAGGAAGAGGGGGAGUAUUUCAAUGUGCCCGUGCCACCAGAGGGAGAGGAAGGAAAUGAGGAGCUGCGGCAAAAAUUUGAGAGAGCCAAAAUUGGGCCCAGCUCCAAAGCAGCAGAAGACAAAGCUGGGAAUGCCGUUGCCAAAAUUGACAGUAACGGCAACAGAGACCGCGUGAAAGUGUCAGAUUUUAACUUCCUCAAAGUUCUGGGCAAAGGAAGCUUUGGGAAGGUGAUACUUGCAGAGAGGAAGGGCGCAGAUGAGUUAUAUGCCAUAAAGAUCCUAAAGAAAGAUGUCGUGAUACAAGACGACGACGUGGAAUGCACAAUGGUUGAGAAGAGGGUGCUGGCACUAGGCGGAAAACCACCUUUCCUAACACAACUACACUCUUGCUUCCAGACCAUGGAUCGCCUGUACUUCGUCAUGGAGUUUGUUAAUGGCGGCGACCUCAUGUAUCAGAUUCAACAAGUUGGUCGAUUCAAGGAACCUCAUGCAGUAUUCUAUGCAGCAGAAAUUGCAAUCGGACUGCUCUUCCUUCACAGCAAAGGCACUGUGUACCGGGACUUGAAGCUGGACAAUGUUAUGCUGGACUCAGAGGGCCACAUCAAGAUUGCAGACUUUGGAAUGUGUAAAGAGAACAUGUGGGAUGGAGUGACGACAAAGACUUUUUGUGGCACCCCAGACUAUAUAGCCCCAGAGAUCAUUGCUUAUCAACCAUACGGGAGGUCAGUGGAUUGGUGGGCCUUUGGCAUCUUACUCUAUGAAAUGUUGGCCGGGCAGGCUCCUUUUGAAGGGGAGGAUGAAGAUGAACUAUUCCAGUCUAUCAUGGAGCACAAUGUAGCCUAUCCCAAGUCUAUGUCCAAGGAAGCUGUGGCUAUCUGCAAAGGGCUUAUGACGAAACACCCCGGCAAACGCCUGGGCUGUGGACCAGAAGGGGAGCGAGACAUAAAGGACCACGCAUUCUUCCGAUAUAUAGACUGGGAGAAGCUCGAGAGAAAAGAGAUCCAACCGCCCUACAAGCCAAAGGCGUGCGGCCGAAAUGCUGAGAACUUCGACAAGUUUUUCACCCGCCAUCCACCAGUGCUAACGCCACCUGACCAGGAGGUCAUCAGGAACCUCGACCAAUCAGAAUUUGAAGGAUUUUCCUUCAUUAAUCCUGAGUUUGUACAACUAGAGAUAAAAGACUGAUGAAAUGGUUGCCUGUGUUUCCCCUGGGUACCUACAACUCUCGGCUGUCCCACCGUAAUCUUCCCUAGGUUGGCCUGGCCACACUGCUUGUCCCACCAAACCCCUUUACUUUGCGUUACUAUAGCAGCCACCUUACGAAGUACUGUAUGUCUGAUCCAGCGUGCGUGACUAGGCCUCACUGUGUGUACAGAAGCCUGUUGUCUGUGUCUUGUGUGUUCAUCAGUAAGCCAAAAGACAGAGGCUACCAUGGUGGAGUUUUUGAAGGGAUGGCUCUUCUUUUUACCCUUAGCAACCUAGCACAUUGAUCCAAUUAAUUCUCCCAUGCUGCACUAGAAACAUAUAAGAAACACUGGGGGUA